ACAUGCGCGCUGGUAACUAGUGGCUUUUUUCCCCCCAGACGAGCAAAUCACAGGACCCGCCGGCCCGGCUCGCGUGUCCCUCUUCCGGGUGGCUGGUGAGUCGUGGUCGGUCCGGUGGAGCGGCUCGAGAAAUUUGCUAAACAACCUUUGGUCUUCCAGAAAGUGAAAGAUGCCAAAAAAGAAGACAGGUGCUCGGAAGAAGGCUGAGAAUCGUAAAGAACGCGAGAAACAGAUUCGAGCUUCCAGGGGCAAUGUUGAUCUGGCAAAACAUCCCUGUAAUGCUUCAAUGGAAUGUGAUAAAUGUCAAAGACGGCAGAAAAAUAGAGCCUUCUGCUACUUUUGCAGUUCUGUUCAAAAGUUGCCUCUUUGUGCACAAUGUGGAAAGACAAAAUGUAUGAUGAAAUCUUCAGACUGUGUCAUCAAACAUGCUGGUGUGUACAGCACAGGCCUUGCCAUGGUGGGAGCCAUAUGUGAUUUCUGUGAAGCUUGGGUUUGCCAUGGCAGGAAAUGCCUCAGUAGCCAUGCUUGUAUCUGCCCUCUUGCUGAUGCAGAGUGUAUUGAGUGUGAGAGAGGCGUCUGGGACCAUGGAGGCAGAAUAUUCAGCUGUUCUUUCUGCCAUAAUUUCCUCUGUGAAGAUGAUCAGUUUGAACAUCAGGCCAGCUGCCAGGUUCUGGAAGCAGAGACCUUUAAAUGUGUUUCCUGUAAUCGGCUUGGGCAGCAUUCAUGUCUCCGUUGUAAGGCAUGUUUCUGUGAUGAUCACACACGGAGUAAGGUUUUCAAACAAGAAAAGGGGAAAGAGCCUCCUUGUCCAAAAUGCGGGCAUGAAACGCAAGAGACCAAGGAUCUGAGCAUGUCAACACGCUCUCUGAGAUUUGGCCGUCAGACAGGAGGUGAAGAAGCUGAUGGGGCCUCUGGUUAUGAUGCCUAUUGGAAGAACCUUUCAAGUGGCAAAGAAGCCAGUACAGGUGAUCAGGAUGAGGAAUAUGAUGAAUAUGAAGGAGAAGAGGAGGAAGAAGAGGAGGAAAAUGAGGAGGGAGGGAGAGAUUCAGAAACAGAGAUGGCUGAUGUGUUCACUAACUUGAAUUUAGGAAGGACCUAUGCAAGUGGCUAUGCACACUAUGAGGAAUCUGCUGACUAAAGUUGCAACCCUAAGCACCCUGAAGAGAAAGUAAGCACUCCUCAAAUGUAGUGGCACUUAACUUCUGGGUAAAGAUGCUUUUAGAGUCUGGCUGCAACCAUUCUUAUUCUGGAACUAGCAUUGAAAGGAGCUUUGUGUAUGCUUAGUGAAUUGUAUGCAUGGCAUGGAAGUCUUGACAAGGUCUUUCAGAUAACAAGGCAGGACUAUCAGGUAGGAAGCAAGGGAAUGGAGCUAUUGUAGGAUGUCAAGAAAGUAUUCAUAUGGCCAACUGUAUUAGAAACCCUGGAGAGGAAAAUGGACUUUUUUGUCCAGGGAACAUAACACUUCUCAACAUGUAUCAGAGGUGUGAGGAGGCUAAGAUCAUUUUUGAUUCUGUAAAUUCAUAGAUAAUAAACUUAUUUUUCUUGAAUAAUUUUGAUGGUGGAUCCUGUCAUGUUUUUAUAAAUUGUAAGUAUUGGUGGCAAUGGGUAUCUGCUAUUUUUAUAUAUAUUGAAAGCUGUCUUGUGAAAACUAGGUAUUUUUAUUGAUUCAGCUUGAACAUUUGGAGAACUGUUUGGUGCAAACUUUGGAGUCAAUGUAUAAAUUCAGAUUAAAGUUACUUUGACAUUUUGUAUAAGUACAGUUGAUCAAUAUAUUCUAUUGUGAUGUAUUUCUGGAACAUUGUCAGUUCCUGCCUCUUUUGGAACGUUCAACUGUAGUAUUCAGAACCACUUGCCAUGUAACCUGAAAUAAGAUUUUGAUCUUAACUUUACCACCACCAAAAUGUCACUGCAUCCUCCUUUAACUGAAUAAAGUCCAUCAUACCCUUUCA